AUGUCUGCUGAGGCUUCAGCUGGCAGUCAUGCUGCUGUCUCUGCUCAGUGUGUGUCCCCCAGCACAGAGGACUGUUCACACAGGGGUCUUCUGGGCAGUAAAUAUGUCAAGUUGAAUGUUGGUGGCUCUCUGCAUUACACCACAGUCCAGACUUUGAGCAAAGAGGAGAGUCUACUGCGGAGCAUCUGCAACGGAGAAACUGAUGCAACCAUCGAUGCUGAAGGAUGGGUGGUUUUGGAUAGAUGUGGUCGACAUUUCUCAAUCGUUUUGAACUUUCUCCGAGAUGGGUCUGUUCCACUUCCAGAUGACCACCGAGAACUGGAAGAUAUUUUAAAGGAUGCUCAGUACUAUCGAGUUCAGGGGCUCAUCCAGCAUUGCCUCAGUGCCAUGCAGAAACAAAAAGAUAUUUUGGAGACUGUGUGCCGCAUCCCGAUGAUCACCUCAGCCAAAGAAGAGCAGAAGAUGAUUUCCACAUGUAGGAAGCCUGUUGUGAAGCUUCAGAACAACAGAGGGAAUAACAAAUACUCAUACACCAGUAACUCUGAUGACAACCUGCUCAAGAACAUCGAGCUGUUUGACAAACUAGUCUUACGGUUUAACGGCCGAGUGCUCUUCGUGAAGGACGUGCUCGGGGACGAGAUCUGCUGCUGGUCGUUUUACGGAGAAGGACGAAAGAUCGCGGAGGUUUGCUGCACGUCUAUUGUCUACGCCACUGAGAAGAAGCAGACCAAGGUGGAGUUUCCAGAGGCCCGGAUCUUUGAAGAAACCCUGAACAUUCUGAUUUAUGAGAAUAGCAGAAUUUCGGGGGGAGUGCAUCUCCUGGAUUCAAAGGGGCCAUCACUCGGAGCUGGACAGUCUGAAGAGGAGGGGGGCACGGGGGGAGACCACAGGGUCCGAAGAAUCCACGUGAGACGCCACAUCAUGCACGACGAGAGGGGCCACGGCCAACAGACUGUGUACAAGGACUAG